UCAGUAUCAAGUGAGAUGUGCCAUCCGAAGGCGACAUGCGUUUGAUGCUUUUGAGUGCUUGUAUACUGGUACUCCUCGUGCCCGUGACUAAGGCAUGUGGACAGUGUGAAAGGAGCACAUACAGAAUCAUCGACUGCUACGGAAAGUACUUUCACUGUAUCAACGAAACGUUCUUUUACCAAUGCGCAAAUUAUGGUCCGGUAACUUUGGCGAUAACUAACCAGCAACAACAGGAAUGCCCUCCCGGUUUGGUGUGCAGCGACGGCAACGAUUUCGAAUGCGUCGAACCGGACGAGGUCAUCCCGACCACGGAAUGUCCGACAACCGCACCUCAGGGCGGAAUUUCAUCCCGCUCGACGGAUAUACCGAUAGAAACGACCCAACCUUCGGGCGCGGCGACAAGAAACAACUCGGCAUCUGCUCAAACUACCCCCGAAACUACGACGCGAAACAUAGAUACGACAACCAGUGUGGUCGUCAUUACGACUGGAAGCAGUUUUGGCACGGAAACCACAAUCGAAAUAACUACACCCGGUACGACUCCAGGACCCGUUUCCGGUGAAACGACCAUCGGAGUUCAAUCUACGACCGGCGCUGCUCCGAUAACAACCACCGAAGAAGCAAGACCAACAACCCCCGAAGAGUCGCUUCCAAAUGAAACCACUUCACCUGCGGAACCGACAACCACUGAAGGAUCGUCCUCCAGCGAAAUUACUAUUGGUGAAACCACCCACACCGUGGAAAAGAUAUCUACACAAGAAUCUUCAAAGCAAACUACUUCUGGUGGUGAAACAACGACAAAUGCGACACCAGCAAAAACAACUCACGACGAAGAACCAACAACAAUCGAAGCCAGUUCAGAACUCAUCACUACCGAAGGGUCCGCUUCAAGUGAUACAACUCCUACUAGUGAAAUCACGACAACCGCCGCACCCACAAAAACAACCCAGAGCGAACAACCAACAACAACCGAAGCGGGCUCAGAGGCUACAACUAUCGAAGGGUCCGCUUCAAGUGAUACCACUCCAACUCAAAGCGAAGAAUCAACAACAAUCGAAGCUAACUCAGAAGCUACAACUACCGAAGAAUCCGCUUCAAGUGAUACCACUCCAGCUAGGGAAGUCACGUCAACUGCGGCACCAACACAAACAACACAAGGCGAAGAAUCAACAACAACCGAAACGGGCUCAGAGGCUACAACUACCGAAGGGUCCGCUUCAAGUGGUACCACUCCAGCUGGUGAAGUCACGUCAACGACGGUACCAACACAAUCAACCCGGGGCGAAGAAUCAACAACAACUGAAGCCAGUUCAGAAGCGACAACCACUGAUUGGUCUGCUUCAAGUGAUACCACUACGGCUAGUGCAGUCACGACAACCGCAGUACCAACAAAAACAACUCAGGGUGAAGAAUCAACAACAACCGAAGCCAACUCCGAAGCUACAGCUACUGAAGGAUCAGCUUCAAGUGAUACCACUGCUGCUAGUGAAGUCACGUCAACUGCGACACAAACAACCCAAGGCGAAAAAUCAACAACAACUGAAGUCAACUCAGAAGCUACAACUACCGAAAGCCCCACUUCAAGUGGUACCACUCCAGCCAGUGAAGUUACGUCAACUGCGGAACCAACACAAACAACCCAAGGCGAAGAAUCAACAACAACCGAAACGGGCUCAGAGGCUACAACUAGCGAAGGGGCCGCUUCAAGUGAUACAACUCCAGCUGGAGAAGUCACGUCAACUGCGGCACCAACACAAACAACCCAAGGCGAAGAAUCAACAACUGAAGUCAACUCAGAAGCUACAACUAUCGAAGGGUCAACUUCAAAUGGUACCACUCUAGCCAGUGAAGUCACGUCAACUGCGGCACCAACACAAACAACCCAAGGCGAAGAAACAACAACAACCGAAACGGGCUCAGAGGCUACAACUAGAGAAGGGGCCGCUUCAAGUGGUACCACUCCAGCUGGUGAAGUCACGUCAACGACGGUACCAACACAGACAACCCAGGGCCAAGAAUCAACAACAACUGAAGCCAGUUCAGAAGCGACAACCACUGAUUGGUCCGCUUCAAGUGAUACCACUACGGCUAGUGCAGUCACGACAACCGCAGUACCAACAAAAACAACCCAGGGUGAAGAAUCAACGACAACCGAAGCCAACUCACAAGCUACAACUACCGAAGGAUCAGCUUCUAGUAAUACCACUCCUGUUAGUGAAGUCACGUCAACUGCGACACCAACACAAACAACCCAAGGCGAAGAAUCAACAACAACUGAAGUCAACUCAGAAGCUACAACUACCGAAGGGCCCACUUCAAGUGGUACCACUCCAGUCAGUGAAGUCACGUCAACGGCGGCACCAACACAAACAACCCAAGGCGAAGAAUCAACAACAACCGAAACGGGCUCAGAGGCUACAACUAGCGAAGGGGCCACUUCAAGUGAUACCACUCCAGCUGGUGAAGUCACGUCAACGACGGUACCAACACAGACAACCCAGGGCGAAGAAUCAACAACAACUGAAGCCAGUUCAGAAGCGACAACCACUGAUUGGUCCGCUUCAAGUGAUACCACUACGGCUAGUGCAGUCACGACAACCGCAGUACCAACAAAAACAACCCAGGGUGAAGAAUCAACGACAACCGAAGCCAACUCACAAGCUACAACUACCGAAGGAUCAGCUUCAAGUAAUACCACUCCUGUUAGUGAAGUCACGUCAACUGCGACACCAACACAAACAACCCAAGGCGAAGAAUCAACAACAACUGAAGUCAACUCAGAAGCUACAACUACCGAAGGGCCCACUUCAAGUGGUACCACUCCAGUCAGUGAAGUCACGUCAACGGCGGCACCAACACAAACAACCCAAGGCGAAGAAUCAACAACAACCGAAACGGGCUCAGAGGCUACAACUAGCGAAGGGGCCGCUUCAAGUGUUACCACUCCAGCUGGUGAAGUCACGUCAACGACGGUACCAACACAGACAACCCAGGGCGAAGAAUCAACAACAACUGAAGCCAGUUCAGAAGCGACAACCACUGAUUGGUCCGCUUCAAGUGAUACCACUACGGCUAGUGCAGUCACGACAACCGCAGUACCAACAAAAACAACCCAGGGUGAAGAAUCAACGACAACCGAAGCCAACUCACAAGCUACAACUACCGAAGGAUCAGCUUCAAGUAAUACCACUCCUGUUAGUGAAGUCACGUCAACUGCGACACCAACACAAACAACCCAAGGCGAAGAAUCAACAACAACUGAAGUCAACUCAGAAGCUACAACUACUGAAGGGCCCACUUCAAGUGGUACCACUCCAGUCAGUGAAGUCACGUCAACGGCGGCACCAACACAAACAACCCAAGGCGAAGAAUCAACAACAACCGAAGCGAGCUCAGAGGCUACAACUACCGAAGGGUCCGAUUCAAGUGUUACCACUCCAGCUGGUGGAGUCACGUCAACUGCGGCACCAACACAAACAACCCAAGGCGAAGAAUCAACAACAAGCGAAGCGGGCUCAGAGGCCUCAACUACCGAAGGGGCCGCUUCAAGUGAUACUACUCCAGCUAGUGAAGUCACGUCAACCACGGUACCAACACAAACAACCCAGGGCGAAGAAUCAACAACAACUGAAGCCAGUUCAGAAGCGACAACCACUGAUUGGUCCGCUUCAAGUGAUACCACUACGGCUAGUGCAGUCACGACAACCGCAGUACCAACAAAAACAACCCAGGGUGGAGAAUCAACAACAACCGAAGCCAACUCAGAAGCUACAACUACCGAAGGAUCAGCUUCAAGUGAUACCACCCCUGUUAGUGAAGUCACGUCAACUGCGACACCAACACAAACAACCCAAGGCGAAGAAUCAACAACAACUGAAGUCAACUCAGAAGCUACAACUACCGAAGGGCCCACUUCAAGUGGUACCACUCCAGCCAGUGAAGUCACGUCAACUGCGGCACCAACACAAACAACCCAAGGCGAAGAAUCAACAACAACCGAAGCGGGCUCAGGGGCCUCAACUACCGAAGGGGCUGCUUCAAGUGAUACCACUCCAGCUGGUGAAGUCACGUCAACCACGGUACCAACACAAACAACCCAGGGCGAAGGAUCAACAACAACUGAAGCCAGUUCAGAAGCGACAACUACUGAUGGGUCCGCUUCAAGUGAUACCACUACGGCUAGUGCAGUCACGACAACCGCAGUACCAACAAAAACAACCCAGGGUGAAGAAUCAACGACAACCGAAGCCAACUCACAAGCUACAACUACCGAAGGAUCAGCUUCAAGUGAUACCACUCCUGCUAGUGAAGUCACGUCAACUGCGACACCAACACAAACCACCCAAGGCGAAGAAUCAACAACAACCGAAGCGGGCUCAGAAGCCUCAACUACCGAAGGGCCCACUUCAAGUGGUACCACUCCAGCCAGUGAAGUCACGUCAACUGCGGCACCAACACAAACAACCCAGGGCGAAGAAUCAACAACAGCUGAAGCCAGUUCAGAAGCGACAACUACUGAUGGGUCCGCUUCAAGUGAUACCACUACGGCUAGUGCAGUCACGACAACCGCAGUACCAACAAAAACAACCCAGGGUGAAGAAUCAACGACAACCGAAGCCAACUCACAAGCUACAACUACUGAAGGAUCAGCUUCAAGUGAUACCACUCCUGCUAGUGAAGUCACGUCAACUGCGACACCAACACAAACAACCCAAGGCGAAGAAUCAACAACAACUGAAGUCAACUCAGAAGCUACAACUACUGAAGUGCCCACUUCAAGUGGUACCACUCCAGUCAGUGAAGUCACGUCAACGGCGGCACCAACACAGACAACCCAGGCCGAAGAAUCAACAAAAACUGAAGCCAGUUCAGAAGCGACAACCACUGAUUGGUCCGCUUCAAGUGAUACCACUACGGCUAGUGCAGUCACGACAACCGCAGUACCAACAAAAACAACCCAGGGUGAAGAAUCAACAACAACCGAAGCCAACUCAGAAGCUACAACUACCGAAGGAUCAGCUUCAAGUGAUACCACUCCAGCUGGUGAAGUCACGUCAACUGCGGCACCAACACAAACCACCCAAGGCGAAGAAUCAACAACAACCGAAACGGGCUCAGAGGCUACAACUAGCGAAUGGGCCGCUUCAAGUGAUACCACUCCAGCUGGUGAAGUCACGUCAACCACGGUACCAACACAAACAACCCAGGGCGAAGAAUCAACAACAACCGAAACGGGCUCAGAGGCUACAACUAGCGAAGGGGCCGCUUCAAGUGAUACCACUCCAGCUGGUGAAGUCACGUCAACCACGGUACCAACACAAACAACCCAGGGCGAAGAAUCAACAACAACUGAAGCCAGUUCAGAAGCGACAACCACUGAUUGGUCUGCUUCAAGUGAUACCACUACGGCUAGUGCAGUCACGACAACCGCAGUACCAACAAAAACAACCCAGGGUGAAGAAUCAACAACAACCGAAGCCAACUCAGAAGCUACAACUACCGAAGGAUCAGCUUCAAGUGACACCACCCCUGUUAGUGAAGUCACGUCAACUGCGACACCAACACAAACAACCCAAGGCGAAGAAUCAACAACAACUGAAGUCAACUCAGAAGCUACAACUACCGAAGGGCCCACUUCAAGUGGUACCACUCUAGCCAGUGAAGUCACGUCAACUGCCGCACCAACACAGACAACCCAGGGCGAAGAAUCAACAACAACUGAAGCCAGUUCAGAAGGGACAACCACUGGUUGGUCCGCUUCAAGUGAUACCACUACGGCUAGUGCAGUCACGACAACCGCAGUACCAACAAAAACAACCCAGGGUGAAGAAUCAACGACAACCGAAGCCAACUCACAAGCUACAACUACUGAAGGAUCAGCUUCAAGUGAUACCACUCCUGCUAGUGAAGUCACGUCAACUGCGACACCAACACAAACAACCCAAGGCGAAGAAUCAACAACAACUGAAGUCAACUCAGAAGCUACAACUACUGAAGGGCCCACUUCAAGUGGUACCACUCCAGUCAGUGAAGUCACGUCAACGGCGGCACCAACACAGACAACCCAGGGCGAAGAAUCAACAAAAACUGAAGCCAGUUCAGAAGCGACAACCACUGAUUGGUCCGCUUCAAGUGAUACCACUCCAGCUGGUGAAGUCACGUCAACGACGGUACCAACACAGACAACCCAGAGCGAAGAAUCAACAACAACUGAAGCCAGUUCAGAAGCGUCAACCCCUGAUUGGUCCGCUUCAAGUGAUACCACUACGGCUAGUGCAGUCACGACAACCGCAGUACCAACAAAAACAACCCAGGGUGAAGAAUCAACAACAACCGAAGCCAACUCAGAAGCUACAACUAUCGAAGGAUCAGCUUCAAGUGAUACCACUCCAGCUGGUGAAGUCACGUCAACUGUGGCACCAACAAAAACCACCCAAGGCGAAGAAUCAACAACAACCGAAACGGGCUCAGAGGCUACAACUAGCGAAGGGGCUGCUUCAAGUGAUACCACUCCAGCUGGUGAAGUCACGUCAACCACGGUACCAACACAAACAACCCAGGGCGAAGAAUCAACAACAACUGAAGCCAGUUCAGAAGCGACAACCACUGAUUGGUCUGCUUCAAGUGAUACCACUACGGCUAGUGCAGUCACGACAACCGCAGUACCAACAAAAACAACCCAGGGUGAAGAAUCAACAACAACCGAAGCCAACUCAGAAGCUACAACUACCGAAGGAUCAGCUUCAAGUGAUACCACCCCUGUUAGUGAAGUCACGUCAACUGCGACCCCAACACAAACAACCCAAGGCGAAGAAUCAACAACAACUGAAGUCAACUCAGAAGCUACAACUACCGAAGGGCCCACUUCAAGUGGUACCACUCCAGCCAGUGAAGUCACGUCAACUGCCGCACCAACACAAACAACCCAAGGCGAAGAAUCAACAACAACCGAAGCGGGCUCAGAGGCCUCAACUACCGAAGGAGCUGCUUCAAGUGAUACCACUCCAGCUGGUGAAGUCACGUCAACGAAGGUACCAACACAAACAACCCAGGGCGAAGAAUCAACAACUGAAGUCAGUUCAGAAGCGACAACUACUGAUGGGUCCGCUUCAAGUGAUACCACUACGGCUAGUGCGGUCACGACAACCGCAGUAUCAACAAAAACAACCCAGGGUGAAGAAUCAACGACAACCGAAGCCAACUCACAAGCUACAACUACCGAAGGAUCAGCUUCAAGUGAUACCACUCCUGCUAGUGAAGUCACGUCAACUGCGACACCAACACAAACAACCCAAGACGAAGAAUCAACAACAACUGAAAUCAACUCAGAAGCUACAACUACUGAAGGGCCCACAUCAAUUGGUACCACUCCAGUCAGUGAAGUCACGUCAACUGCGGCACCAACACAAACAACCCAAGGCGAAGAAUCAACAACAACCGAAGCGAGCUCAGAGGCUACAUCUACCGAAGGGUCCGAUUCAAGUGAUACCACUCCAGCUGGUGGAGCCACGUCAACUGCGGCACCAACACAAACAACCCAAGGCGAAGAAUCAACAACAAGCGAAGCGGGCUCAGAGGCCUCAACUACCGAAGGGGCCGCUUCAAGUGAUACCACUCCAGCUGGUGAAGUCACGUCAACCACGGUACCAACACAAACAACCCAGGGCGAAGAAUCAACAACUGAAGUCAGUUCAGAAGCGACAACCACUGAUUGGUCCGCUUCAAGUGAUACCGCUACGGCUAGUGCAGUCACGACAACCGCAGUACCAACAAAAACAACCCAGGGUGAAGAAUCAACGACAACCGAAGCCAACUCACAAGCUACAACUACCGAAGGAUCAGCUUCAAGUGAUACCACUCCUGCUAGUGAAGUCACGUCAACUGCGACACCAACACAAACAACCCAAGGCGAAGAAUCAACAACAACUGAAAUCAACUCAGAAGCUACAACUACUGAAGGGCCCACUUCAAUUGGUACCACUCCAGUCAGUGAAGUCACGUCAACUGCGGCACCAACACAAUCAACCCAAGGCGAAGAAUCAACAACAACUGAAGUCAACUCAGAAGCUACAACUACCGAAGGGCCCACUUCAAGUGGUACCACUCCAGCCAGUGAAGUCACGUCAACUGCGGCACCACCACAAACAACCCAAGGCGAAGAAUCAACAACAACCGAAGCGGGCUCAGAAGCCUCAACUACCGAAGGGGCCGCUUCAAGUGAUACCACUCCAGCUGGUGAAGUCACGUCAACUGCGGCACCAACACAAACAACCCAAGGCGAAGAAUCAACAACAACCGAAGCGGGCUCAGAGGCCUCAACUACCGAAGGGGCUGCUUCAAGUGAUACCACUCCAGCUGGUGAAGUCACGUCAACGACGGUACCAACACAAACAACCCAGGGCGAAGAAUCAACGACUGAAGUCAGUUCAGAAGCGACAACUACUGAUGGGUCUGCUUCAAGUGAUACCACUACGGCUAAUGCAGUCACGACAACCGCAGUACCAACAAAAACAACCCAGGGUGAAGAAUCAACGACAACCGAAGCCAACUCACAAGCUACAACUACCGAAGGAUCAGCUUCAAGUGAUACCACUCCAGCCAGUGAAGUCACGUCAACUGCGGCACCAACACAAACAACCCAAGGCGAAGAAUCAACAACAACCGAAGCGGGCUCAGAAGCCUCAACUACCGAAGGGGCCGCUUCAAGUGAUACCACUCCAGCUGGUGAAGUCACGUCAACUGCGGCACCAACACAAACAACCCAAGGCGAAGAAUCAACAACAACCGAAGCGGGCUCAGAGGCCUCAACUACCGAAGGGGCUGCUUCAAGUGAUACCACUCCAGCUGGUGAAGUCACGUCAACGACGGUACCAACACAAACAACCCAGGGCGAAGAAUCAACAACUGAAGUCAGUUCAGAAGCGACAACUACUGAUGGGUCUGCUUCAAGUGAUACCACUACGGCUAAUGCAGUCACGACAACCGCAGUACCAACAAAAACAACCCAGGGUGAAGAAUCAACGACAACCGAAGCCAACUCACAAGCUACAACUACCGAAGGAUCAGCUUCAAGUGAUACCACUCCUGCUAGUGAAGUCACGUCAACUGCGACACCAACACAAACAACCCAAGGCGAAGAAUCAACAACAACUGAAAUCAACUCAGAAGCUACAACUACUGAAGGGCCCACUUCAAUUGGUACCACUCCAGUCAGUGAAGUCACGUCAACUGCGGCACCAACACAAUCAACCCAAGGCGAAGAAUCAACAACAACUGAAGUCAACUCAGAAGCUACAACUACCGAAGGGCCCACUUCAAGUGGUACCUCUCCAGCCAGUGAAGUCACGUCAACUGCGGCACCAACACAAACAACCCAAGGCGAAGAAUCAACAACAACCGAAGCGGGCUCAGAAGCCUCAACUACCGAAGGGGCCGCUUCAAGUGAUACCACUCCAGCUGGUGAAGUCACGUCAACUGCGGCACCAACACAAACAACCCAAGGGGAAGAAUCAACAACAACCGAAGCCAACUCAGAAGCUACAACUACCGAAGGAUCAGCUUCAAGUGAUACCACUCCAGCAGGUGAAGUCACGUCAACUGCGGCACCAACACAAACAACCCAAGGCGAAGAAACAACAACAAGCGAAGCGGGCUCAGAGGUCUCAACUACCGAAGGGGCCGCUUCAAGUGACACCACUCCAGCUCUUGAAGUCACGUCAACGACGGUACCAACACAAACAACCCAGGGCGAAGAAUCAACAACAACUGAAGCCAGUUCAGAAGCGACAACCACUGAUUGGUCUGCUUCAAGUGAUACCACUACGGCUAAUGCAGUCACGACAACCGCAGUACCAACAAAAACAACCCAGGGUGAAGAAUCAACGACAACCGAAGCCAACUCACAAGCUACAACUACCGAAGGAUCAGCUUCAAGUGAUACCACUCCUGCUAGUGAAGUCACGUCAACUGCGACACCAACACAAACAACCCAAGGCGAAGAAUCAACAACAACUGAAAUCAACUCAGAAGCUACAACUACUGAAGGGCCCACUUCAAUUGGUACCACUCCAGUCAGUGAAGUCACGUCAACUGCGGCACCAACACAAUCAACCCAAGGCGAAGAAUCAACAACAACUGAAGUCAACUCAGAAGCUACAACUACCGAAGGGCCCACUUCAAGUGGUACCUCUCCAGCCAGUGAAGUCACGUCAACUGCGGCACCAACACAAACAACCCAAGGCGAAGAAUCAACAACAACCGAAGCGGGCUCAGAAGCCUCAACUACCGAAGGGGCCGCUUCAAGUGAUACCACUCCAGCUGGUGAAGUCACGUCAACUGCGGCACCAACACAAACAACCCAAGGGGAAGAAUCAACAACAACCGAAGCCAACUCAGAAGCUACAACUACCGAAGGAUCAGCUUCAAGUGAUACCACUCCAGCAGGUGAAGUCACGUCAACUGCGGCACCAACACAAACAACCCAAGGCGAAGAAACAACAACAAGCGAAGCGGGCUCAGAGGUCUCAACUACCGAAGGGGCCGCUUCAAGUGACACCACUCCAGCUCUUGAAGUCACGUCAACGACGGUACCAACACAAACAACCCAGGGCGAAGAAUCAACAACAACUGAAGCCAGUUCAGAAGCGACAACCACUGAUUGGUCUGCUUCAAGUGAUACCACUACGGCUAGUGCAGUCACGACAACCGCAGUACCAACAAAAACAACCCAGGGUGAAGAAUCAACGACAACCGAAGCCAACUCACAAGCUACAACUACCGAAGGAUCAGCUUCAAGUGAUACCACUCCUGCUAGUGAAGUCACGUCAACUGUGACACCAACACAAACAACCCAAGGCGAAGAAUCAACAACAACUGAAGUCAACUCAGAAGCUACAACUACUGAAGGGCCCACUUCAAGUGGUACCACUCCAGUCAGUGAAGUCACGUCAACGGCGGAACCAACACAAACAACCCAAGGCGAAGAAUCAACAACAACCGAAACGGGCUCAGAGGCUACAACUAGCGAAGGGGCCGCUUCAAGUGAUACCACUCCAGCUGGUGAAGUCACGUCAACGGCGGCACCAACACAAACAACCCAAGGCGAAGAAUCAACAACAUUCGAAGCGGGCACAGAGGCUACAACUACCGAAGAGUCCGCUACAAGUAAUACCAGUCCAGCUGGUGAAGUCACGUCAACUGCGGCACCAACUCAAACAACCCAAGGGGAAGAAUCAACGACAACCGAAGCGGGCUCAGAGGCUACAACUACCGAAGGUUCCGCUUCAAGUGAUAUCACUCCAGCUGGUGAGGUCACGUCAACUGCGGCACCAACACAAACAACCCAAGGCGAAGAAUCAACAACAUUCGAAGCGGGCACAGAGGCUACAACUACCGAAGAGUCCGCUUCAAAUAAUACCGGUCCAGCUGGUGAAGUCACGUCAACUGCGGCACCAACUCAAACAACCCAAGGGGAAGAAUCAACAACAACUGAAGCCAACUCAGAAGCUACAACUACCGAAGGGCCCGCUUCAAGUGAUACCACUCCAGCUGGUGAAGUCACGUCAACUGCGGCACCAACACAAACAACCCAAGGCGAAGAAUCAACAACAUCCGAAGCCAGCUCAGAACCAACAACUACCGCGGAAUCUGCUUCAAGUGACACCACUCCAGCUAGUGAAGUCACCUCAAGUGCAGUACCAACACAAACAACCCAAGGCGAAGGAUCAACAACAACCGAAGCCAGCUCAGAACCCACUACUACCGCAGAACCCACUUCAAAUGACAGCACGUCAUCUAGUGGAGUCACGUCAACUUCGAUACCAACAGAAACAACCCAGGACGAACAACCAACAACCGAAACUAGUUCAGAACCCACAACUACAGAAGGUUCCGUUUCAAGUGACACUCCUCCCGCUAGUGAAAUCACGUCAACUCCGGUACCAACACAAACGACCCAGAGUGAAGAACCAGCCACAACCGAAAUAUCCACAUCCAGCGACACUACGGAGCUUUCUACGGAUAGCACAACUUCGGAAUCGUCGACCGUACUUCCACCUUUCGUCUGCGCCAAGCCCGGAAAGUUUCCGGAUACGCAGGAUUGCGCAAAAUAUCACCUGUGCUUGGAUCUCGUGGACGAAAUAUACGACCUUACCUCCGAGUGCCCUCAGGGCACCCUCUACGACUCCUACAAUGGUCACUGUACCACCUCACCGGUUCAAUGUCCCGGCGAUAUCGAACUGUCCUGUACCAUUAACGGAACUUUCGUCCAUCCAGACCAGUGCAAUCGUUAUUACACUUGCAGUUAUAAUUUCAUUUACGAGCGGUUCGAAUUGAAGCAAUACCUUUGUCCGGUGAACCAAGUGUACGACGAGGACCAGGGAACCUGCGUAGAUUCAGAUUCAUGCAGCAUCGAUUUAUCACUUCCUGGUGCCCAGUUCGUUUGCACCCAGCCUGGUCUCUACCCUGUCGAGUACAACUGCAAGAACUUCUACCAGUGCGAAUACGUAGGAGUGGAAUUGGUCAAGACGAUAAAAUCUUGCGGAUUGUUCGCGCUGUUCGACAGAGAGAAGGAAAAGUGCCGCAAAGAAUGUCUUGUCACCAACUGCCCGUUCAACAACGCUGACGUGGAGUAGAACCAGAGUUAAUACGUUUACUGUCUAUUUGUUGUUAUUAAAUUAUUAGCUGUAUAUACAGUCCGUGUUUAGUUAUUGUUGUGCAUAUUAUAAAUAGUUAGUUUCCCUGAGACUGUGAAGGGCCGGAAAGUAAAUAAACUUUUGAAAAUUGUUA